AUGCUCAUGAUUUUUGUUUCUUCUAGGGAAGAUAGGGUGGCCCCGUUGGUGGACUCCGGUGCUGUAUUGGCAUUCAAGGACCCUCACUUGGACGCACCAGAUGACUUGGUGCUGCGCUGGGCUCGCCUUGCCCUCUCCUGCACCGCCAUGCCUGCAGCCUCCCGCCCCUCCAUGAAUCAAGUGCUUUGGGAGCUGGUGAAGUUGAAGCAGGAGGCGUCCGGAGCACAUGAGGGUCAUGUGGGCGAGGCCAAAUCUCGCAUUGACAUGGAGCUUGGGAGCUCCAUUGGCUCCUCCAGCUUCACUGCUGAAAUGGCCCGUGCGGAGCGCGAGGGGGGCAUGCCAAGUGGCUCUUCCACGUAA